AUGGAAAAGUCAGUCACAUCUGAUGGAGACGCACAUCUACAUUGGUCCCGGGACUAUGACCUCGCAACAAAAUGGUCCCUACUUAACCCUUUUGCUGCUUUCAAACAAUUUGUCGCGUAUACUGCAAACGAAUGCAACUUGGACGAUACUCGGCUUCGCAACAUGUGUGUGCGUGACAAAUGUCCUCUUGCUCGAUUUCAUGGACUAGGAUGA